GUGGUCAACUUUUAGUUUGACGUUUGGCAUUUGUGUAAAUUGAUGAGAAUUUUUUAUGCCUUGCGUAGUUUUUGUAGAUUAUUUUAAAACUGUGACAAACUAAUUUAAAUUUUUAAUUUUAUAAGCACUAUUUAAGAUCUGUGAUGUCAGCAAAUGUGCCAGAUCGUAGCGGACAGCGUGGAGUGAGCCGAGUGCUUCUUAAGUUGGAAAAUUCAAUUGAGGCUGGAAACUACUAUGAGGCACAUCAAAUGUAUCGCACAUUGUACUUUCGAUACAAUGGCCAACGAAAGUACAACGAAUGCUUGGAAUUGUUGUGGAACGGAGCUUUGAGGUUGAUUUCCAAACAACAAGAAACCAGUGGCGCCGAUUUAGCGCUCCUCCUUAUGGACACACUAGAGAAACGAAGUAGUGCCGAUGGGGAGGCUAAUAACGAUGGGGAAUUGUGGAUUGAACGUUUGGGUACAAUUAUUGGAAAUCUUAGUCCAACUACUGUUGAGCGUGAAACAUUAAUUAAUCGUGCAAUACAAUGGAGCUGCGAUAUGUCCGGCAACACAUUUGGACAUCCCAAAAUGCAUAAAGCCGUCGCUCAAGUGUUUUGGACUGAAACAAAUUAUGAGCUAUCACGUCAUCACUUUUUACUCAGCCGUAAUGGAAAUCUUUGUGGACGCAUGUUGAUUAAGAUGCAUCAAAACAAAGGCAAUGACAGUGAAAUAGAUUUAUUUAUUGUACAAGCUGUUCUUCAACAGCUUUGUUUAAAAGAUCGAAAGGCUGCUGAGGACACGUUUAAAUCUUACACCGCCAAUCAUCCGAGCAUUAGGCGUAAAGAAGCACCUUUCGAACAGCCAUUGCUUAAUUUUAUACACUUUUUGUUUCGUGUUAUCGAUACUGGACGACCUCAUGUUUUUGAGGCUCUUCGUGAUCUAUAUAAACCUUCAUUGAAAAGAGAUCCUUCUUUCGAGAAAUAUUUGGUGAAAAUUGGAGUACAUUUCUUCGGCAUUGCGCCCCGACCAACAUUAAAUACCAGCAUGUUUGGUGACUUACUUUCACGUAUAUUUCAAGAUUUUGAUGAUGAUGACGAUGAGAGUUACACGUCGCAUAUAAGGCCUAAUGCAAAUUCAAGAAGUGUCUCUGGGGGAGGAAGUACCGCUGAUUUGGAUUGAAAUUAAGUGUAAAUUCUAAAGAUUAUGUUAUAUUUUUUGUAAAAUUUGAUCAGAAAUUAUUAAAUUUUAAAACAUACUAGAAA